AUGGAACAUUCUUUACCCGUCGAGCAUGAAGCAAAUGAGAACGAAAUGUCACCACAAGGUUCGGCGGAAAAUGUUUCAGAAAAGUCAUCAGCGGAUAACAUAAGUAAUAAUAACGCAAAAGAGGAGGCUGUAUCUAAAAGCCGUAUGUCAAUUUUGUCUCCAUCACGCCUCAGUACCAUGUUUGAUCCAACGAUAUUAAGCACAUGGAUAACUGGCACUGAUCAACAAGCUAAGGCGCAAAAACGUACAACGAGGAUAUUAGAUAAUACUUUAAAAGUAGGAUUAGAGUCAAUACGAUUUUCAACGGGUUCCGAUAUACCUUUGCUUAUUGAAGAUGCUGAAGUAGAUGAUGCUUUUGAAAGUUUAUUGGACGAGAUGAAUAUACAUGGACAUCACCGUAAUAAGAUGUUAGAAAUGUCAGAAGAUCACAAAAGAACCUUGAUUAUUCAAAAUAGGCAGGCACAAGCGAUUCGAAAAUCCCAACAGCAGGAUAAGACGGCACAUGAGGAAGAAAAGGCACACGAUUUAGAUCACAAGGAUAUUAUGGAAUAUAAUGAAGACGCUG